AUGUCAGGAAGAGUGUCAGCUGGAAGCAGCAGCAGAGCUAUGGAGCUCAGUGUAAAUGGAGUUCCUGUUGAAAGGGUGUGCAGCCUCAAGUACCUGGAUAUGUACAUCACCAAGGACCUGACAUGGACCCAGCACACACAAACUCAGCUCCUUUACAGAUUGCCAGCCAACAACAAAACACUUUAUGUAACUAGAGUCACUGGAAACAGAACUCAGAUUAAAAACCUAUACCCUGGAAGUGACUAUGUGUUUGAAAUCCAGUCUUUAUCUGCAUCUGAAAGCAGUAUGGCAGUUUCAAAGUUGUUCACUGCACGUCCACCUGGUGUCAUUUCUCUGUCUGUUUCAUCUGUUAGUACCUGUACUGCUGAAAUAAUCUGGAAAUCAAGUUCAGGAAUAUUUGACCAUUACAAAGUGACUGUUUCAAACUCUACUUUUUUAAGAGAAUUGACUGUUGCAAAACUGUGGCUUAAUUUUACAGCCACUGAUCUUUUUCCUGGAUGUACAUAUAAUUUUACAGUAAGCAGAGUUCGUAAAAACAUUGAAGGAACAUCGGCAGUUGUAACAAUUGUUGCUGAUCCAGAGAAGCCACAAGAGGUGGAAGUUGUAAAUGUGACAUCAAAUAGUUUUUCAAUACACUGGAUAGCACCACCAGGACAUGUUGACAGAUACCAUGUGGUUGUCUCCCCUAGCAGAGAAGAUGUCACUGUCAAGGAUCUUGGAAGCAAUAGAAUACAGGCUACUGUCACCAAUGCUGUUCCUGGACAGAAUUACACAAUUACAGUCUCUGCUGUUUCUUCAUCAUCAUUCAGUUCACAUGUUGUAAAAUAUGUGACAACUUAUGAGACACCUCCCAGUCAACCUUUAAGUGUUGAAGGAGAAGGAGUUGGAAAUAUUGCUAUUUUGCUGUCUUGGACACCAUCAAAGUUUUCAAAUGGCGAAAUAAUAUCCCAUGUGAUUUACUUCAGGGAAGUUUGCCCAUGGUCUGAAACAUCUUUUAAAGACGUUUUGUCCUAUUCUAGUAGUCCAGAAUAUCUACUAAGUAAUUUAAAUGCUGGAUCCACUUAUGAAAUCAAGGUAGCUGCACAAAAUAGUGCUGGUACUGGAAACUUCAGCUAUCCAAUAUUCUUUAAAACAGAAGACAGUGCUCCUGGUCAAGUUUCCAAUCUAAUAGCAUUUACCUAUAAUCACACAAUGGUAAAUGUGAAAUGGUUUUUACCAAAACGCCCAAAUGGACGUAUUACCAAAUUUGUGGUCAACACGAAACUGGCAAGAAGUGGACAGCAGGUAAAAUCCAUUGAAAUUAGUGCAGAUGAAGUUUUGAAGGACGGUGUACCAGAAUGUUUUAAUAACAGUGAAUUAUACUCAAGGACAACAUUUAGCCCUACAUCAUCCCAGCCAGUGUCAGCCAUACCUUUUGGAUUUGCCUGGAGUGUACCAAUCAGUGUUGUUGUUGACCAACUGAAGCCCUAUACAUCCUAUGUUUUUGAAGUAUUUCCCUAUACUAAAGAUUAUGAAGGCCAAGUUUCAACUGCAUUGGUCCGCAUGCCAGAAUCUGUGCCUGAAGAUGCACCUCAGAACCUAGCCAAGGGAAACAUCACAUCUAAAUCAUUUUCAGUUUUCUGGGAUUCUCCAACAAUUGUGACUGGAAAAUUCAGCUAUAAAGUUGAACUAUAUGGCCCUUCAGGCCGUAUCUUUGAAAACAUAACAAGAGACUUAAGAUUUUCAUAUUUUGGUCUUACACCAUACACAAUGUAUACUGUGUUUGUUGGGGCAGAAACAGUUGCAGGACUUGGACCAAAGUCUAAUAUAUCUAUCUUCACACCAGCAGAAGCCCCAGGACCAGUGUCUGAUCUGAAAGUUAAAUUAGUUGGUUCUACAUCUGUAACACUUUCUUGGAAGACUCCACUUCAACAAAAUGGCAUUAUUACACAAUACAAGAUUUUGGUGUUGAAGAUGAACCAAGGCACAGUUUUUCAGAAUAUUGUUAUCUCAAGAAAAGAAAAGGAAGCAAAUGGGUCCAUGUUGCUAAGUGAUGGUAUGUUAACUGAACCUUUUGAAGGAUCUGCAGACACUUCACGACUACCAGCAAAUACAGUCACUUUGCCUGCAUCACCUGCGGUUAGACUGGCUGCUUUUACUAACAAACUGAGUACAUCCUCUGAAGACAACAGCAAAAGCACACUUUCUGACAUUUCCCAAGUUCUACUAACUUCUCCAUUGCCACAGAGUUCCUUUCUUGUAACAAAUUCAAAGAAAGUGUCAACUAAUAACAUGUUGUCACUUCCCUACACUGGAAAUGAUGCUGCCCAUCUUCUUCAAGGGAAUGGAGCUGAUAGUGGUUAUUCAUAUACCUUGCCUGUACCACAGAGAGUUAAAAGAUCAGUAGUUUCAGUUGUAACCACAGAUGGAACAGUGUACCGCAGUCCUACUCAGCCACCACUUUCCUCCAGAGCUGCUAGUGCAUUUCCAAAUGUUAUUGAAGAAACCACAACCUUCCAGACAGCAGAUCUUUCUAUUGAAGAAAUGUCUUACAUUGUUACAAACCUUCUUCCUUACACUGAUUACACGUUUAAUGUUUCUGCCUCUACUGCUGUUGGUGAAGGACCUCAGGCCAGCAUUGCUGUGAAAACAAAAGAACAAGUUCCAGGAUCAGUUCAGGAUGUGACAUAUCAAAAUAUUACAUCAUCCUCUGUUUUGGUGUCCUGGAAAGCACCAUACAGACCUAAUGGUAGGAUUACUCACUACACUGUAUAUGGAAUGGAUCUGUUUACAAAUGAAGCCUUCCAAAAAUCUACCAAUGAAACCAGCAUUAUUUUAUCAGGUUUAAAAAAGUAUGGUCUGUACAAGCUAAGGGUUGCUGCAUCAACAGCUGCUGGAGAAAGUUCACUUUCUGAACAGGAUGAUGUGUUUGUAAGAACACUUGAAGAUGAACCAGAGUCACCUCCUCAGAACAUCACACUUAAAAAUGUUACUGCUACCUCUGCUAACUUACAUUGGUCACCUCCAGAUAAGCCUAAUGGAAUAAUACAGUAUUAUGAGGCAAUAUAUGUUAGCAAAACUGGCAUGUUUAAGCUAAAUACUUCAUUAACAAACAUUAUACUUCAGAACCUUAAACCAUACACUGUCUAUAAUUUUUCUGUAAAAGCAUAUACAAGAUAUGGGCAUGGGAACCAGUCAUCUUCAGUUUUUACGGUACUCACCGAUGAAAGUGUGCCAGAUAGCGCCCCAGAAAAUAUCACGUUUAAAGUUCUGUCAUCGACAACAAUGCAGAUUUUGUUUCUUCCACCAAGGCUCCCAAAUGGAAUCAUUAGAAAGUAUACAAUAUUUUUGACACCACAAAAUGAGACUGCGAUGCAAAUUGUAAACACAACAUUUUUAGCAAACAAUAUAACAGGUUUACGUAAAUAUACCAAUUACACAAUUCAGUUAUCAGCUUCCACAAGCAAAGGUGAAGGUGUCCGGAGUAAAAAUGCCACUGUUUUGACUGGUGAAGAUGUUCCAAGUUCUCCUCCACGUGCUCUCUCUAUUAAACAUAUGCCUGACUCUGUUGUGAAAUUGUCAUGGAAGCCACCUUUGCAUCCAAACGGAGAAAUACAAUAUUAUACAAUUCAUGUAUGGAGUGGAACAACAGAAAUAGUUCAGAAUGUUUCGAACAUGUCUGUAUUGCUGGAUGACCUAGAAAGCAACAGUGAAUAUCAUGCUUAUGUCACCUCAAGUACUAGACUUGGUGAUGGAGGAGUAAAGAGUGAAGUUGUAGUAUUCCGCACAUCUGAAGGGGCACCAGCUGAUCCACCAGGAAACUUAUCUUACGUAAACAUAAGCUCCACAUCAAUAGAAGUGUUAUGGAUGCCUCCUUCCAAGCCUAAUGGUAUCAUUCAGUUUUACACUGUUUACUACAGUAACAGCUCAGGAAAUAUUUACAGUCAGAAUGUCACAGAUAUUGACUUUGAAAACGUAAAUGAGAACCAAACCUAUUCCACUAUAAUUAAUGAUAUGAUGAAAUAUAGUUAUUAUAAUCUGUGGAUGACUGCUAGCACAGCCCUGGGUGAUGGUAAUCAGACAAGCACUAUCCUAGCUGUACACACAGAUGAAGAUGUUCCAGAUGAUACUAUACAGAAUCUCAUCUAUCAGAAUGUCUCUUCAACGGCAGUAAACAUUAGUUGGCUUCCACCAACUUCACCAAAUGGAAAAGUUUUUUACUUUGUUUCUCUAUGGAAACCAGGAAUGAGUACAUUUUUGAUUAAUUCUACCAGCACUAAAAUGUACAUAACAAUUGAAAAUCUAGAGAAGUAUACAGACUAUAUUCUGAAGAUCACACCUGCAACUGGUGCUGGAUUCUUGGAAAACUCAACCGUAUCCUUACAGUUCAAAACAGAUGAAGAUGCCCCAGGUACACCUCCAAAGUUCAUUAAAUAUAAAAACCUCACUGCAUCAUCUAUUGAACUCUUUUGGGAGCCACCUGAUCAACCCAAUGGGAUUAUAACAUCAUAUGAUAUAAACUUUCAAGGCCCAGCAAACAGCCAUACCUUCAGUACUGCAAAUAUGAGCCAUGUACUGUUUAACUUGAUUCCAUACACUUUAUACAAUCUAUCAAUAUCUGCCCGCACAAGAAAAGGUAGUGGUCCAUUUACCACACAGUUAGUGCACACUGACGAAACAGAACCAUCUGCACCCCCACAAAACUUAUCCGUGAUCAGUUGCACAGCAGAGUCUGUUUGGUUAAUGUGGAAUCCAAGUCUAAAACCAAAUGGGUUUGUGCGGGUGUACAGUUUUAAAAUAUUUAACAAUCAGAGCCAACUGGUCUCAUAUCAGAAUUCCUCUGCACAGUUUAUGGAAGCAAAUCUUACUGGAUUACAGCCUUUUAGUCAAUACCAAAUCAGUGUCUCGGCAUUCACACGACUUGGAAAUGGAAAUCUGUUCAGUAACACAGUCAGUUUCACAACAAAGCAAUCAGUUCCAGACAUUGUGCAGAAUUUGCUUUGCAGUGGUACUAGCUGGCAGUCAGUUCUGGUUCAAUGGGAUGCCCCUGCCAAGCCAAAUGGAGUCAUCACCCAUUAUGUUGUCCAAUUUGGAAAUGAAAUUAUGGAAUUUCAACCUACUGAUCGUGUUCACACCUUUAGAGAUCUGUUGGCUAAUGCAUCUUACACAUACUAUGUGAUGGCCUCUACUGUAGUUGGAAGAGGGAAAAGGUUAUCAUGUGUUGCUAAGACAUUGCAAGAAUCAGUCCCAAGCGCACCUCUGAAUAUAAAAGUAAAGGCAAUUCAUCCAACAAAUGUGACUUUAGGAUGGACCAGACCAGAACAAGUACCAGGCAAUUUGCUGAACUAUCAGAUUGUUGGGCAGAUGCUUUCUUUGCUUUGCAAUGACUGGAUAAGAAAAGAAUGUCUUGAAAAAGAAAUAAACCAGUUUGUAUACGGAGAUGGUAAUGAACUGGAAGCUACUAUUUACUCUUUAAUGAAAUUUAGAGACUAUAGAUUUACAGUCGCUGCAACAACAAGUGCUGGUUAUGGAAAUUCAUCUGAAUGGGUCUACACAAAAACGGAAAUAGGAGAUCCUGAUGAACCACCUGAGAAUGUGAUUGUGGUCUCCUCAUCCUUUAAUUCAAUUAAUAUCAGCUGGGAGCCCCCCCGGGUGAUUACAGGACCUACAUCCUAUCUCGUUGAUAUUUUUUCUCUGGACACCCAAGACUAUAAUGAAACAUUCACAAAAAAACCUGAAGAAGCCAGGCUUCUUUUUGUUUCUAACCUAACAGCAUUUACAACAUAUGGUGUCAGAAUAACAGCUUAUACUGGAAAAGACCAUGAUGCAAGGAUUCAUGGAAAAGCCUGCCCUCUAGUCAUUGUCACAACAAUGGAAGAUAAACCUAAAGAUCCUCCAAAAAAUAUCAGUUUUCAAAAAUUACCAGAAGAUGUAACUAAAGUAUACAUUACCUUCUCACCUCCAUCUGAGCCUAAUGGAAAUAUUAUAAUGUAUCAGGCGACAGUUGAAAAAGAUGGCGAUUUUAGCACUCAGAUCCAUAAUCUGCAAAUAGUUGAAAAUAAAAAUCAGUCACUGACUGCAGUCAUUGAAGGACUAAAAGGUGGAUAUACCUAUAGAAUAAGCGUUUAUGCAGUCAAUGGAGCAGGUUCAGGACCCAAGAUUCAACUGAAUAUUACAACAAACAUUCAAGCACCUCCUCAACCAAAUAAAAAGCCAGAAGCCUUUGAACAAAAUGGAGCCUUGUUGAUUUCAUCCACCACAAUCACUAUCAAGACACCUCAGUGCUUCUUUAGUGAUGCUCAUGGACCGAUCAGACACAUCCAGGUUAUUGUCUCAGAGUCUGGAGUGAAGAAUGACAUCAAUAUAAGCACUUGGAAAGAAGCAUUUUUUAAGAAGCCAAGACCAUAUUUUACCAAUGAGGGCUUCCCAAACCCACAAUGCAGUGACGGUCGAAAGAAUCCUUUCUCAGAUGAAACAUACACAAUUGGUGCUGAAGAAUCUUGCAUGCUUCCAGAAAAUGAACAGGAGAUCUGCAAUGGGCCCUUAAAGCCAGGCAAACAAUAUGUAUUCAAAUUUAGGGCAACAAAUAUUAAAGGACAGUAUACUGACUCAGAAUUCUCAAAUCCAGUGAAAACUUUAGGUAAAGGCAUGUCUGACCAAGCUGUCGAGAUCACUCUGGCGGUAACUUUAUGUGUGCUAUCGAUUAUCCUUUUGGUGGCAGCAAUCUAUGCUUUUGCAAGAAUCCGACAAAAACAGAAAGAAGGUGGGACUUAUUCUCCUCGUGAUGCUGAAAUCAUCGACACCAAAUUCAAGCUUGACCAGCUGAUAACAGUGGCUGACCUCGAACUUAAGGAGGAGAAAUUAACUCGGCUUCUCAGUUAUAGAAAAUCCCUCAAACCAGUGAACAAGAAGUCCUUCCUUCAGCAUCUCGAAGAGCUUUGUGCUAACAAUAAUUUUAAGUUUCAAGAGGAGUUUUCGGAACUUCCAAAGCUACUUCAAGACCUUGCAACUACUGAUGCAGAUCUACCAUGGAACCGAUCCAAGAACCGCUUUACAAACAUUAAGCCAUAUAACAACAACAGAGUGAAGCUUAUGUCUGAACCUGGUGUUCCGGGAUCUGAUUACAUUAAUGCCAGUUAUGUGUCAGGUUACCUCUGUCCAAAUGAAUUUAUUGCUACUCAGGGACCUUUGCCAGGUACAGUUGCUGAUUUCUGGAGAAUGAUUUGGGAGACAAGAACAAGAACGAUAGUAAUGUUGACACAGUGUUUUGAAAAAGGAAGGAUCAGAUGCCAUCAGUAUUGGCCUGAAGACAACAAACCAGUAACAGUAUUUGGAGAUAUUGUGAUCACAAAACUCACAGAGAAUGUUCAACCAGACUGGACAGUGCGAGACCUUAAGGUGGAAAAGCAUGGUGACUAUAUGGUUGUUCGCCAUUUUAACUUUACUUCCUGGCCAGAACACGGAGUUCCAGAAUCAAGCACAGCAAUAAUUCAUUUUGUUAAAUUAAUUCGAGCUAUCAGAGCCCACGAGAACACAACAAUUGCAGUGCAUUGCAGUGCGGGUGUUGGCAGGACAGGUGUGUUUAUUGCUUUAGAUCAUCUACUCCAGCACGUGAGUGAUCAUGACUUUGUGGACAUUUAUGGGCUUGUAGCUGAGCUGCGCAGAGAAAGAAUGUGCAUGGUGCAGAACCUGGCACAGUACAUGUUUUUGCACCAGUGUGCUUUAGACCUGUUGUCCAGUAAAGGAAAUAGUCAGUCUGUGUGGUUUGUUAAUUAUUCAGCCCUGGAGAAGAUGGACUCUUUAGAUGCCAUGGAAGGUGAUGUGGAGCUGGAAUGGGAAGAAACUACUAUGUGAAUAGUAUUAUGAUUUAUAAGGACUAUUUUUUUAUGAACUGGUCACACAUAGUAUUUCUUAAUUUUAGCUAGGAAAUCCUGGCAAAAAAAUUAUCUAUUGAAAAUAUGGGGGCCAAAAGUCAGUUCAUGACAGUUUUCCCAAUUCUGUGAACAUUGGUCCUGUUUUUUCAAACCGCAGGAUGGAGUUAAAAAUAUGAAACACUUUUGCACAUACUGUAUAGCUUUUAAUAUUUAUUUAUGUCAUUGUGGUAACUAUACAUUUUUGUGAAGUGUUACUUUCAGCCAAAUUGGAUUUAAAGGUAUGUUUUUUGGUUUGUGUACAGUAUAUUGUGGGAUAAUAUUUAAUGUAUUUUACAAGUAUAUAUAAUAUAAAGGAAUUUUUUUUGACUUUUAUCUGCACUAUUCAGAAUUCUUUUGACUAUGCCUUACAGUAUAUAUCAAUGCAAAAUACUACUUAAAGCUCUUGUUCUUGAGUUUUUAUAUGGCAAUUGUAUAUGUUAGUCCCAGAAAGCUAUAUAGUCAUCCUCGGACACUGCACAGGUUCAUCAGAAAAAAAAAAUACAACAUACAAUAAUACCUAGCUUCAAUGACUCCAGAAGUGUAUGUAAAUAUACUGAAUACAAUCAAUUACAGAGCCAUGCUUGCGACCAGUUAUUGUGCAAAGUAAAACAUCACUGAGAUUAUAUUAAAUUUUCAAUGGCAUAAAUAACGAAUCCAAGUUCAAACUGCAUACAUUUGUAAGUUUAUUUAUACAUGUAUAGAUUAACUGUAUAUAUUUUAUUGUGAACAUUUUGUUAGGUAUUAAUUAUUAUUAUUGUUAUUAUUAUUAUCUUUACUAAAAUUUUCAAUAUCUUUAACAAUUCCCUGUAAUGGCAGACUUUUCAUUGGUACUGCUCAAAUCAGCCUGUUUCAUUAAUUAUUUUUUUUGUUUUUAAAAAUAAAGAAUUAGUUUGGUUUGUCAGUGCUCUUAGCAUAGGAAACUGAUAAGUACGGACAUUUGUAAACUAUAAAAUACCAUAUUAAAUUUUGCUACACUCUAAGAAAACCAUUUUUGAGUCAAUUUCAUCAACACAAUAUACAUUAAAAAUCAGUUUUUAAUGAAAGAUCUGCAAAAUUCAACUCACUUUAAUGUAUUGUUGAUAAUUCUUCUGCAUGCUGUUUAAUAUUUUCAGGUGUCUCCUGAUUUUUUAACUGCCAUGCCUUUAUUCACAAAUUUCUGCGUGACCAUGAUAUAAAUGAAAUUAUAUUAUGUCAGUAACACAUUUAAAAAUACAAACUCUGGACUCCACUAUUAACACAUAAUUAAUCAUUGUAAUUGCACUCUUCCUUGGAUGCAAUUUACCUUGUUUUGUAGUUUUAUACUGUAACUUUCUUGGAUGUGUACAGCUCCUUUUAGUACUUGCUGUUAAAAAAGUGUCAGUUAUACUAUAUAAGCUGUCACUCGUAAUUUAUUGUAACCUUUUUUUUUUAUAUUUGCAGUGUUUUUAUUAUACUGUUAAUUUUGUUACUUGAUACUGUAUUAUAGUAAUGGUAGCUCUGUUAGGGAAAUUGGAAUGAUGCAUACUGUUAAUGGUGUUAAACAAAUAAAGUUUGAUGUGUUGAUUAAUAUGCAAAUUAAAUUAUCCAGUGGAUUAAUGAAGCAGUGACAGAAAUCAACUAAAUCGAAAUCUGAUCUUCAUUUUUUAGGCCUGAGGACAACCAAAGAGACAAUAUGAGGGUGAAUUUUAAAUUUUUAAAUGAGCCAAAACAUAUUAAUAUCACUAUUAAUUUUAUAUCUCCUUUUGUAUGACUGUGUAUAUUUGAAUUAAAUUUAACUCCGACUUAAAUGACACAGAAUCCUUCAACAUGUACAAGAGAUGUCAUGAUAGCAUUUUAAUUUCAAAAGAAAUGUGACCAAUUGGUAUGAUUUUACAUUCAUUUAUUUCUUUAGUAAAAGCACAACUUACAAUCUGUGUAUUUACACUAAAUGCCUAUUUGUUAAAAAAUCUUUACAGCAACAUAUUAGCAGACUCAAUAAUUAGGCAAAUGCAUAUCUGACAAUAAUUGUACAUAAUAUUGCAAAUCUGCAGAUGCUGCUUAAUUAAUGUCAUGAUACAUUAUCAUGGUGUACCCUGUUUUACGAUUAUCAAAAUAAGAUGAUCUUUACUUUCAUAAAUGACUCAAUAAGUAGAGAAGGAGAAAAGAAAAAUGAAAUGAUCACAUUGCAGAGACCUAUAGAAGAAGUCAAUAAGUUACAGUAAUAUUUUUCACUUUUCACUACUGUACAUACAUUUUAGACCUCAUACCUGCACAGCUUUCCGACUGCUAUUCCUAUACUCUACUAUUGACUCCCUUUCUUGAAAUUCAGCUCUAAGAAUUGAAGGACUUGUCUUGGAAAUAAGAGAAUUGAAAAGCUACAUAAAGUAUGAAAUCACAUGAUUUUUGUAAUAUAAAAUGAAUUUCAAUUUCAAUAAACUUUCUAAUAUGAAGUGAAAAAUG